GGUCCGGGCGGCUCGGCCCUCGGGGGCGUGUCGGCCGAGGCGGCGGCGGAGCUCCCAGCUCGGCGCAGGAGGCGGCGGCCAGCAUGGAGAGCGAGCUGGAGGCGCUGGCCCCGCGGCCCGCGAGCCCAGCGGAGCCACCCUUCCAGGCGUUGGUGGAGGCGGCGGGUGGCCGCGGGCAGGUGCUGCUGGUGGGCGAGCUGUGGGAGCGCGAGCAGAGCCGCGCGCUGCUGCGGGACUUCGCCGGUGCCGUGUUCCCACCGGAGUCCGCGCCGGGCAAGCCGGGCUGCGCAGAGGCCGAGAGCGCGGGCACCGCGGCGGCCACCGAGCCGCACGGGGCUCCGGGGGCGAAGGCGGAGCGAGCCAUCCGUUCGCCGCUCGUUUUCGUGCUGUGCCGCGUCGGAUCGCUGACCUCCCGGGAGUCGCGGCGCAGCCUGCGGGAAAUGCUGCGGGACGUGCGCGACCGGAGGCGUGAGGGCGCCGCGCUGGUCGGAGUGCUGGUGGCCGACACGGGUGCGGAUGACGCGGGGGCGCCCGAACUGCAGCUGCUGGAGACGCUGCUGCGCACGGUGUUCGGCCGCCAGGUCGGGGGCCCGGUGCAAGCAGCAGUCUUCCGUCCCGGCUGUCCGGCCUCCAGCCUGGCGGUCCAGGAGGCGGCCUGCAGAGCCCUGCAAGCUGCGGGGCCGGGACGACCAGCAGAAGGUGCCUGGGAAAGACCUGGCCGCACUGGCCUACUGACUUGCUUCUCCUGGGGUCCUCGGAGACAGAGGAAGAACCGAGGUGUCACCUCCUCUCGAGGCCCAGCUCAAGAACACCUCCAGUUCUCGGAAGAGGAGCUUGCACUGACACCUGUAUUUCCCAAUGGAGACUGUGAAGACCGUGGAAAUGGAUCUAGAGCCCAGGAUGGAGUUCUCCACAUGCCACCUGACCCCCCAGAGGACACAAGAUGAAGGCUAGGCUCCUGGACUGGCCCUUACCUGCACACUGGACUCUGGCCCUUCUCAGUGAGUCUCCACGUCACAGUGUUACCUCAGCAGAUGGUGACUGACUGACUCUCAAGACCCCCCUUGCUUGGGGGCUGCCACUUCACUGUUGCCAGCUCGAUGACAAGGCCUGUGGGACCUGCUCUACACUCAGUGUUCCUUUACUCUGUGGUCAUGGUGGCUCAAUCUUGUCUCUCUGUGCCUUCACUUCUCUGAGCCAAGGAGCCACUGUAACGGCUUUGCAGACAUGUCACUCAGUCUCUGGGCUUGUUUCCCAAAUGACCGAAGGGCUGCCAACCCAGUGGCUUUCUGCCAGGAGCCACGCUGCACCUCCAGGCAACACUGGAAACUUGUGUGAAAGCAAUUAGUGGUCAUCUCACAAGUGUGGAGGGUGGACCAGCACAAAUAAUUAGUUUACUCAGAAUGCUGAUUGUGACAGUUUUGAAAAAUAGAAGGGCCAAUGUCUUCUCCCUGUCAUACUGGGAAGAUAUCCCCGUAGGUUUCCUGGGGUCUUGGCUCCCAGAACAAGCCAAAAUAAAGACCUGACUGUUGCGGUGAGGGAGCCUGUCAGGCCAGAGCCAAGAUGGCUUGUGUGUUACAGGGCCAGGACCAAAAGCGCCUUGCAUGCUAUGAGAAAAAGGGGCCUCUGUCUCUUCUCAUGUUGACACUGAUUACUGUGCCAAACCCUCUGUGGAAAAGUUUGCUGGGAGCUGCCUAUAGCACCAAGGAGAGGGAAAGCCAGGGUGUUGGGAUUCUCAGCCCCCGGACUUGUGCUAGAUCUCAGGUCCUGACCCAAGUAUCCUGGAGGUUCUGGAAUCUUCCCUCUGAGUCUGUGAGUCACAUAGGGUGGGUGAAUAUCUCCCACAGAGCCUACCAGGGUAUCUACUCAUGCAGAAGCAACUGGGGACUACCUCUGUUGCCCCUGCCUGCCCCUGGAGAAAUCCAUCUCUGGAAGGACAAAAGCCCUUAUUGUUUUUUCCCUGAUAUGGGGAGAGCACUGUCAGAGGGAAGUAGACACAUCUGCGAGCUGCUCUGCAGGUACCCAGUUGUGCUGUGCUUUGUAUAGCUCCCUGUGAGGAGGAGCUGCAUACCUUUGAGUCACGAUUCAGCUCUUUCUGUGAUGAUACGGAGGGAGAGGACCCUCCCUGCUCGCGCCUCAAUUUCUUCUUGGUGAUCCACAGCCUAAUCCUAUUCCCUCUCAGUCUCAAGUAGAAGCUGUGAAGUAGAAAGAGACAGUGUCUUCCUGGAAUGAGGUGGGAGCAGACAUCAUUUUAAUAAUGCAAGGUUGUACCGUAGGAAAUGGCCCCAACUAGCAUCCUUUAUUCAAGAAUGAACUCCAGGCCAGGAUGUAGUUCAGUUAGUAGAAGGCUAGCCUAGAAUGCUAGUUUGAUCCCCAUCAUUGUAUAAACUGGAUGAAGUGCAUAUGCCUAUAACCCCAGUUCUUUGGAAGUAGAGAUAGGAGGAUCAGAAGUUCAAAUCCACCCUCAGCUACAAUGUGAAUUGGAGGUUAGCCUGGGCUAUAUGAGACUCUGUCUCAAAAAAAAAAAAACCCAACAACUUUGAAUUAUUAAUUUGACUUGAUUUUGUUUUUAAGCGGGAAGAGUGGUAUAUUUCAAGCUGCUAUAUUUUUGUUACAAUAUUGACCUAUGCAAUCCUGUGUAAUCAUUCAGUUAGAGUUUUUUUAUUUGAUCAAAGAAAGGGGCUAGAAAUUUAGGUUGGGGAUUUGUCUAAGACAGACGUUACAAGGGUUAAAAAUCUUUUGUUACCCUUGUUGAAACUUAGGAAACUGAACAUUUAAAUUGUUGUUUCCUGCAGUCUGUGGCGAUUCCUCUCCAGCCCUCACUUGGAGCUCCAUCUCCUCUGUACUUUCCUCACAGGGACAUUUGAGUUUGUAGUCUCUGGUCUAAAGUGUGAUUUACAGACUGUUCACAUUGGUGGUUGUGGUUUUAAUUGCCAACUGCAGGUCUCGAGACUGGUUGAAAAGGUCUUUGUACUGAGUCUGGCUUCUGCUUCCCAGCUGGUAAAACAGGUGCAGCAAACAGUGGCCUGUGGUUCCCAGCAGACAGAAAGACCUGGGUUUCACCAAGGGUGGUCUUGUGGGGCCCUUCCAGGGGUCUUCAGAAAGAUGGAGGUUGGAGUGGCCUGAGGAAAGGCUGGAGACCUGGAGGAUGCCAGGGGUCCCUGGGAGCCCAGUGUGAGGAACUGCCCAGGCAGGCCCCACUCUGGGUCCUGGGGUUCUAACCUGUAAUGUGAUGGAGGUUCCCCCUGCUUUGGACCUGAAUGCUGGUUCCUUACCUCUAAUAAACCAGACAGUGCCUCACUGUAUCUGAUAGAAGCAGAA